AUGAGAGGCCCCGCAUUUCUGUACGAGCGGGAGGUAAGUUGGCCCCAACGUCAAACUGUAACCACGGAGGAGGAACUUCGCUCGAGAUGUCUCUCUCAUUGGGUGCCAACACAGGUGAUUGACCUCACUCGCUUCAGGCGCUGGGGUUUCCUACACAGGACGAUAGCCUAUGUACUCCGCUACAUCGGUAAUCUACGACGAAAGGUUCGCAAAGAGGCACUCAAACUCGAACCUCUUGACCAAGCGGAACUGAGAGAUGCAGAAGCGAUGCUGUGGAAACUCGCACAAGCUGAAGCAUAUCCUGACGAAAUAAGCAUGCUGAAGAAGACACAGGGACCACCAGAGAAACGCCAUGCGGUAGUUGCAAAAAAUAGUCCCAUUUACAAAUUGUGGCCGUUCCUAGACAACGAAGGGAUCCUGCGAAUGCGAGGCAGAAUCGGUGCUGCUCCAUUUGCACCGUCCGAAGCUAAGUUCCCAACGAUCCUUCCCAAGAACCAUCUGAUAACCUUUCUCAUUACAGACUGGUACCACUGCCGUUACCACCACGCCAAUCGAGAGACAGUCCUCAACGAGAUGCGCCAACGAUUUGAAAUUGCCCAACUGCGAUCGCUAAUCUACAAGGUAAUGCAGAACUGUGCAUACUGCCGUGUUAUGCGAGCGAGACCAAGACCACCUCCAAUGGCACCACUUCCAGCAUAUCGAAUGCAGCCGUUUGUGAGACCAUUCACGUCCGUGGGACUGGAUUAUUUUGGGCCUGUUACAGUACGAGCAGGCAGGAAUCAAGUGAAGCGGUGGGUGGCUUUAUUUACCUGCCUCACAAUUCGCGCUGUUCACAUGGAAAUAGUGCAUAGCCUGUCUACAGACUCAUGUAUCAUGGCGAUACAACGUUUUACUUACCGCCGCGGAACACCUGCUGAAUUUAUCUCCGAUAACGGGACGUGUUUCGUUGGGGCCAGUAACGAAUUAAAAGCUAUCGUAUCUCGAGAAAACGCUUUGGCAUCGACGUUUACCAGUGCGCUGACAAAAUGGACAUUUAAUCCACCUGCCGCUCCGCAUAUGGGCGGAGUGUGGGAAAGACUUGUCCAAUCGGUGAAAACGGCGAUGGGGACAGCCCUGGAUGCUCCUCGGCGACCAGACGACGAAACGCUGGCGACUAUUGUUUACGAAGCGGAGGCAAUGGUUAAUUCUAGGCCGCUUACCUACGUGCCACUGGAAUCGGCCGAUCAAGAGGCGCUUACGCCCAACCAUUUUUUGUUGGGAAGUUCAUCGGGUGCAAAGCCCUUUAUCACCGCGAAGGUUGAUAAACCUGCAACGCUGCGAAGCAAUUGGAGAUUGGCGCAGUACAUCACAACUGAAUUCUGGCACCGUUGGAUUAAAGAAUAUCUUCCAGUGAUCAAUCGGCGGUGUAAAUGGUUCGACGAGGUGAAGGAUUUGGAAGUGGGCGAUCUCGUGUUGGUAGUGGGUGGUACGGCAAGGGACCAGUGGAUCAGAGGACGUGUGGAGAAAGUAUUUCCUGGACGAGAUGGUCGGGUGCGACAAGCCACAGUUCGAACUGCUACCGGUAUUCUUCGACGGCCGGCAGUCAAGCUGGCGGUGCUCGACGUGGAGAAAGGUGAACCUAGGAACGAACACCUGGAGAGCUCAGUCAACCACCAAGGUUCACGGGCGGGGGAAUGUCGCGACGAGCCCCUCGUUGACGCGGCGCUACCACGAACGUACUACCAUGCAAAAUGUACGAUCGGUUUCGUCGAUCAAUCGAUCAUGCACUGA